GUCCUUCGUUGUGACUUCUUGUGCCUUCAAAAAUACACAGACCCCGGUCAUUCGCAUUUUCCGCAGCGAUAAAAAUGGCCGACUACGCAUUAGCCGUACAAUGGUGGAAGCGCUCUAGCUUUGCAACGGAGCGUUUUCAGAGAAAACCGUUCGAAAUUUCUGACCUUCAUUGCCCGUUCGGAUCCACCUGAACUGCCACCUCGAAAUCCUUGUACACCUCUGCCACCUGCUCCUCCACUGGUUGAGAGAGAG